AUGGAGGGUAAGAACUUCUGUUUGAAACGGAGGGUGGAGUCACUUGAGAAUGAGAUCCAUUCGAUUCGACAACAUCUACCUACCUCGGUGACAGCGCAGGUUGGAAUACGCCCGGAUUCACCGAUCGGUGCUAUUCAGACCAACCACGUCUUGGUCGAGGAUCAGGACAGUGAGAUUUGUGUCCGCAACCCGAGCGAAGAGGCAGUAUCAGCUUCCUCACUCGAAGUCGUGACCGAUUUGGUCUCAGUACCUAAGGAUGGUUCCCUUGAUCAGUCAAAAGAGGAUUGGAGCAUCCUCUUGGCUUUGUAUCAGAAAGUCCGCGACUGCGCGCCGCAGGACCUGUUACGGGUGGUUAAUGCGAUCCGCAGUAGCACGAGUCCAAGAUCAGCAGCCGAAUAUCUGCAAGAAUCGGCUCUGGGUCAACUUUCCGAUGCCCACGUUGGGUUGACAAAGCUAGCCACAGAAUAUCAAUUGAUGAACUCGAUGAGACUUCCGACUCUCUGCGAAGAACCCAUCUUCUCCGUGCCUGCAAGGCCAUGGACCACUAUUACGAGUAGUGAUCGGUUAGUGUCGCAUCUGCUGUCUCUAUACUUUACUUGGGAUUAUCCCUGUUAUAACUGGUUUGAUCAACGUCUAUUUCUAGCUGAUAUGAUAGGUUGUCAUUCGAGGUUUUGCUCCCAACUCCUUGUAAAUGCUGUAUUAGCUCAUGCUUGUCUUUACUCCUAUAGUCUUCGAAGACCCUGGGAUCGGUUCAAGGAGAUGGACAUGUGUAUUCGUUUUCUGUCAGAAGCACAAAGGCUGCGGAUUGCUGAUCCGCAGCCCAGCCUCACCACCGUCCAAGCAUUGAUGGUGAUGAAUCUCACCUAUAACUGCUUGGGCAAAGACAAAAUUGGCUGGUCUUGCCUGGGAGCCGCCAUUCGCAUGGCAAAUGAGUUGAAGCUAUACGACCCACUGUCUCCUGCCGCUGGCGCCGGGUACGAUCGGUCUGAUCCGUGGAAUAGAGCACGAGCGGCGACAGCUUGGGGUCUGUUUGAGUGGCAAGCAGUAGCCGCUGCCGUGGUUCAUGAAGCUCCUCGGGUGCAAAACGCACCUUUCUAUGAUAUUCCCCUUUCAGAUUCCGAGGUUCUCGACCAGCGCCGCUAUUGGCAUCCAUAUCCUUUCCGUGUACCCGUCUAUCCCUCAGGUGUCUUCUCAACUAGUAGAGCCCGACUAGAGCUCAGUGUUAUCAUCAACGAAGUGACGAAGUUCAUUCUCGAUGCCCCUGUCGCCGCACCUUCGACGGAUGUCUUCAUGUCCUUGCAUGCUAGACUGACAGAAUGGUUGACUGACUUAAGAUCCGGUCUUCAACCUUCGAAAGAUGCACCGCCUCGUGUAUUCAUGAUGCACCUCCAUUAUCAUCUCAGCGUGGCUGGGCUCUGCAAACCCCUCCUCACACCAGAAAUAGAACCCGAACCACACCCCUCCGUCAUCAGCAUCUCCGACAGUGCCAAGCUUGCCACUCGUGAGAUCAUUUUUCUCUUCAAGCAGACUUUCGGCUGGAAGUCCGCCUCCAGCUUCCUUAACCACGCUCUCUGCUACGGCGCUUUCAACGCCAUCCCCUUCGCCAAGACCGACGACCGCUGGCGUCGCUCGCUGGAGACCUGCAUCAACGGUCUCUGGUAUAUCUCUUUUUCCUUUCCCGUGUGCAGAUACCUGCUCCGCGCGAUCCAGCACGCGCUCUGCGCCGCAGGAUUCGUCGAUACAGAGCUCUCUCCCGAAAUCAAUCGGAUUCUUCGCUACUUCACCAGAAAAGUUUGGAAGAAAUCACUCCUUGGAUCUUUGCAAAGUCAGUAUUGCAUCAUCUACGAUACUCAAUCAAGUGCACGCACGGUGGAGGAUUUGCUUCUGUCAGUGGAGAAUCUGUCAUUGGAUGAUAUGCAGUAA